GGGGCGAUGAAGAACAUGACGACGUCGGACGCGUACAACUUCACCCCCGGGGUAUCCCAGAAAUUUCAUGAUUUUACGCACAAAUCCAAGCUGACAUCGCGGCGGUACCUCAAAGAUGAUUGCGUGACGAUCAGGUGCGUCCUCACCGUCCUCACGCCCCGCACGGAAGCCACUAGGGCUGUCCCGGCCACCGCUGCUCCGCUGCCGGAACUGAACGGCCACCUCGAGCGCAUGCUCAGAGACGGCAAAGGCACGGACGUGACGAUCGAGGUCGGCGGGCAGGCGUUCCGUGCACACAGCUGCGUGCUCGCCGCACGGUCGCCGGUCUUCGACGCGGAGCUCUUCGGUCCGAUGAAGAGGAAAGACACAGAUGAGCGCAUCCGUAUCGAGGACAUGGAGCCGACGGUCUUCGAGUCGCUUCUCCACUUCAUCUACACUGACUCCCUGCCCGGCAACGGGGAAGGCUGCAGCACGGCGGUGACGCAGCACCUGCUGGUGGCCGCAGAUCGGUACGGGGUGGAGAAACUCAAGCAUGCCUGCGACCUGAAGCUACGCGCAACCUUAGACGUUGAGACUGUCGCGGCGACGAUGGUGCUUGCCAAGCAGCACCACUGCCCGCUGCUCACCGAUGCGUGCAUCACAUUUAUGGUGUCAUCCCGGAAAGUGCUGGCCGACGUUGCGGCGACCGAAGGGUUCAAGCACUUCACGGCGAGCAUCCCCCUCCAAAAUCAGAUUGAGAUACUAGGGAAAGUGUCACACUAAACCUCCACCCCGGCAGCUAGGUCCGAGUGAGGGCCGGUGGAGUAACACAUGUGAAACGUGUACAUAUGGGUCAGUCGUAUAUACAUGGCUGAACAGUGGAGAACUUAUUUGGGUUGUUUA